AUGUCCCGCUACUCGGACCUCCUCUCGCCCAACAUCACUCCCACCGGCACCCCGACCAAGCUUUCGAAGUCGCAGAGAUCGCGGCAGCGGCGCGAGCCCUCUGGCGUCUUCUCGCUCUUCUCGCCUCCGCAGAUACAACAGUUUCGCGAGGCGUUCUCUCUCAUUGAUCAUGACGGGAAUGGUGUCGUCAGUGAGCAGGACUUGAAACACAUAUUCACCAGUCUCGGCAUAACACCAUCAAAGACGAUGAUAGAUGACUUGCUCGCAGACCGUCCGGGAGACCGGAGAGGCAGCGGGCUCCACUCAAGGUUGCCGUCGUUCGAGACGGACGCCUCAGGCGACAGGGGGAUCACGUUCCCUAUGUUCCUGACCAUGAUGGGCGAGCAUCUGUACGAUUUCGACACAGAGCAGGAGCUUUUGGAGGCGUUUGAGUGCUUCGACGAGAGCGAUUCGGGGCUCGUCAAGUGCGACGAGGUCAGGAAGUGGCUUGGUGAUGUUGGGGAGAGAAUGGACCAGAAGGAGAUCGACAAAUUCCUGAAGGGUCCCUUCACCGAUCGACAAGGGAACUUCAACUAUCGCGAAUGGGUGAAGGUCUUGCGAAUUAAUGCAGAUAACGAAGAGCCUGAGACUCCCCUCUAA